AGCAUCAGUCCUCAAAUCAAGGAACAGCAGUUACCAUGAGGGCAUUCAUGAUCCUGGCGCUCGCCGCGACGGCGAUGGCGCGGCCGGAAGCCGGAUACUCCUAUAGCCAGCCAAGCAGUAGUUACGGCGCUCCUGCUGGUGCAUUUGCGAUCGGCGGUGGUGUUGGUGGUAUUAGUGGCAUCGGUGGUUUCGGCGGCGGAGGCGGUGCUUUCAGUGGUGCAGGUAUCGCCGGUGGCACCGGAGGUACCGAAGGUAUUCUCGGCGUUCCCUCGUUCGUCGGCGGAGGUGGCGGAGGUGGAAUUACUAGCAUUGCCGGCGGUGUCGGCGGUGCAGAUGGUAUCUCUGGUGCAUUCGGUGGCGGCGGCGGCGGUGGAUUCGGAGGUGGCUCGCUCAUUCAAAAACACAUCUACGUUCAUGUACCGCCUCCAGAGGCUCCUGAGGCAAGACCGGUCAGGCCCAUAAGCGGGGGAUAUCAGGCACAAAAGCACUAUAAGAUUAUCUUCAUCAAGGCACCUACCCCACCAACCCCGACCGCUCCAGUGAUUCCGGUGCAGCAGCAGGAUGAACAGAAAACGCUCAUCUACGUUUUGGUCAAGAAACCGGAAGAAGCGCCCGAGAUCAACCUGCCCACCAUCACACCCACUCAGCCCAGCAAACCGGAAGUCUACUUUAUCAAAUAUAAAACUCAGAAGGAAGUUACCGGUGGUGGUGGAGGUGGUGGCAUCGGCAUCGGCGGUCACGGAAUUGGUGGCGGUGUCGGUGGUGGUGUCGGUGGCGGUGUCGGUGGCGGUGUCGGUGGCGGUGUCGGUGGCGGUAUCGGUGGCACCGGACCAAGUGGACCCAGCACGAGUUACGGGGCACCCGGUGGAUCCGGGCCAUACUAGUCAAUUCACCGCUACCCCCGUCGCGGCCCCUUCGUCCUAUCCUCCUGUUUAU